UCGGCUCUGGAGGGGAAAAACAGUUCCAAGAUGGCGGCGGCGCGGACAACAAUGGGGGGCCGGGGGGCCGGGCCGGCCCGCGCCUCCUGAGCGCCGCGGCCGAGGCAGCGCGGCGGCCCCGCGGGGCGCGCAGGGCUGAGCGAGAGCAGCGCAGCGCAGCGGCGCCGGGCGCGGCGGAGAAGGAGGAAGUGGGGCGGGGGGGAGCGGAGCGGGCGCCGGGCCGGGGCGGCGGGGGGAGGAGGAGCCGGGGCGAUCCCGGCGGGGAGCGCAGGUAAGGCCGGCGGGAGGGGCGGCGGCGGCCCCGCCAUGGCGGGCGCCGGUGCGAGCAGCCGGUGAGCAGCAGCAGCAGCCGCGGCGGCGGCCGCCCCCUCGCCGUCCGGCCCAUGGUGCUGCCCCCCUGCCCCAUGGCGGAGUUCGUGGUGCCGCGGCACAGCGCGGUCAUGGAGCGGCUCCGCCGGCGCAUCGAGCUCUGCCGGCGGCACCACAGCGCCUGCGAGUCCCGCUACCAGGCCGUGUCCCCGGAGCGCCUGGAGCUGGAGCGCCAGCAAACCUUCGCCCUGCACCAGCGCUGCCUGCAGGCCAAGGCCAAGCGGGCCGGCAAGCACCGCCAGCCGCCCCCGGCGCCGCCGCCGCCCGCGCCCCCUCCGCCCGCCGCGGCCGCCGCGGGCAGCGCCGAGAGGAGCGGAGCCAACGGGCUGGACGGAGAGGCCGCCGGCGCCGAGCAGCACGGCCGCAGCAGCGCCCUGAUCGCGCAGCUCCAUGAGACUGUGAAAAGAAAGCUUGACAGUGCUGCUUCCCCUCAGAACGGAGACCAGCAGAAUGGCUAUGGAGACGUAUUUUCUGUGUCCAAGAAACUGCGUCGCGAUGACGGUCUUGGAGUGAGUGGUUCUUCCAAUGGAAUGCCCCCUGUGUCUCCACUCCAUCAUCUUGACAAGAAAUCUGGCAACGGAGAUACCUUACAACUUAACGGGAAACAUCCCAUGGGACUGGAUGGCAUCAGCAAGAAGUGUCUUCCAGAUUCCAGCCUGCAGAUGAAUGGAGGUGGUGAUGCUGAUGAUUCGUUUCCUCUGAGUUUGAACAAAGAGUUGAAGCAGGAGCCCGUAGACGAUCUUCCCUGUAUGAUUGCUGGAGCAGGGGGUUCUAUAUCUCAGAAUAACUUGAUGCCUGAUCUAAAUCUAAAUGAGCAAGAAUGGAAGGAACUUAUCGAGGAGCUUAAUAGAUCAGUGCCUGAUGAAGACAUGAAGGAUCUCUUUAAUGAUGACUUCGAAGACAAAAAAGAUGCAGAUUCUUCAAAUUCAGCUGCACAGACUCCAUUGGCACAAGAUAUUAACAUAAAGACUGAGUUUUCCCCAGCACCCUUUGAACAAGAGCAGCUGGGAUCUCCCCAGGUUAGAUCCACUUCUUCAGGUUCAGCAUUUAUUGGUGCUGCUUCUGUACCUGUAAGUGCCGCUUCUCCAGCGGUCGGUAGUUCUCAGGCUAUGUUCCAGCCUUCCACUCGGUCAAUGACUGAAAAUCCUAAUCAGCCCAUGAUGCAGGCAUCAAACCACUCUCAGAACGUCCAGAGGCCUCUCCCCAAUGUGUUGUUACCUGGGAAGGGUCCAGGAAGUGCCAAAGAAAUGUCUUCUGCUCAUCAACUUCAGCAGAUUGCUGCCAAGCAGAAGAGAGAUCAGAUGUUGCAGAACCAGCAACAAGCUUCACAAGUCCACCAAACGAAUCAGAUGUCUACGUGGCCACAGUCUGGGCCUUCCCAUAGUCCACUGGCUGUCCCAUAUACCAUGGAAAAUCCCACUAGCCCAUCAGUUUAUCAGCCAGACUUCAACAAUCAGAAACUCAUGAUGCCUAAUUUGGGAAAUAAAAGCUCGCCGAGAGCUGGAGGCAAUUACCAUGUGAACAUCUUGGGUCAUCAGCAAAACAGCUUGAACCAGAACCCUGUGAAUAGUCAGGGCUCUAUGCUGGACUAUGGGAACACCAAACCUCUUUCCCAUUACAAAGCAGAGUGUGAGCAGGGGGUUGCAGUCCCUGGGCAGAACAAGACCCCCAUGCUGGCCUACAUCCAGCAGCGCCAGCAGGCACCGCUGUCCCACGUGAGCGACGACCAAAAUGGGAUGAUCCUGUUGAAACCCAAGCCUGGAAACAUUGCCUACCGACUGCCACACAGUCAGGAUCAAAACCCUUCUCCUAACGUUCCUCGCGUUCCCGUCUCUGUCCCGGGCCCUGGUGUGGGUGCCCAGGCUCCAAACGUCUCCAUGGCAGGUAACCACAGCAACUCAGCUUAUCUUAGCAAUCAGCAGCAAGCAGCAGUGAUGAAGCAACACCAAAUGCUGAUGGACCAGCAGAAGCAGAGAGAGCAGCAACAAAAGCACCUGCUCAUGGAGCAACAGAAGCAGCAAUUCCUCAUGGAACAGAGGCAGCAGCAUCUGCUGGCAGAACAGGAGAAACAGCGGCAGCAGCAGGAGCAGCAGCUGCAGCGGCACCUGACUCGGCCUCCUCCCCAGUACCAGGAUCAACCACAGAAUCCAUACCAGCAACAGGUUGGACAGUUCACAGGGUCAUCUUCAACCAUGCCUGGGGUCAGUAAUUUAGGACAGUCCAGCUCCAGUAGCCCACGGAUGUUCCCUCAGACCCAGAACAUGAUUCAGAUGGGACCUGGACACACUCCUGUUCCUCCACUCCAGUCGGGCUCCAGUCAGCAGGACCGGGGGGUGACUCAGUAUCCCAAUAUGCAAAACAUUCAGCGCGGGGGAUUGUACAACCUGGCGUCUGGAAUGACACAGAUGGUUCCCCAGCACACAGCUCCAAGUGCCAAUGGACAGACUCCGAUGCAGAGGCAGGGCAGCUUGGGCCAGGGCACUGCUGUUCCUGCUGGCUAUGGGCAGAACACCUUAGCAAACUCAAGUAUUUCUCAGCAGCACAAUAAAGGUGCACUGAAUCCAACCUUAUCUAAGUCACAGAUGGCAAGAGUACCAGCUGCUAUGGGGGCUCAAAAUCCAUCUUGGCAACACCAAGGUAUCCCUAAUAUUAACAACCAGCCACAAGCAAACAGUGGCUUAGGACCAUUUACUGCCAAUUCCUCUUUCCACAUGCAGCAGACUCAUCUAAAGAUGUCCAACCAACAGUUUGCCCAGGGAAUGCCUCAGGUAAGCCUAAGCACCAGCAGACCCAUGACCUCGAUGAACGCUGCCGUCUCUGGGCAGAUGUUGUCAUCAUCUUUAGGUGCACAGCCCCGGACAAACCCACCUACACAGCAGCAGGUACCCUCACAGCAAGUGCUGCCUGGCAUGAACCAGACUGUUCCAGACCUGAAUGCUUUCAACCAGAAUCCAAAUCAGCAAAUGCCCAACAGAGGAAACCUGCACUGUAGCCAAGGGUACCCUGUGAGGACAACCAGUCAGGAGCUGCCUUUCUCCUACAGCAGCCAGUCAGGCAAUAACGGACUUCAGAACUUAACUGGUGACACAGACCUGAUAGACUCUUUGCUGAAAAACAGGACUUCAGAGGAGUGGAUGAACGAUUUGGAUGAGUUGUUAGGAACUCAUUAAAAUGGGGCCGGGGGUGGGGGUUCUACUUUUUUUAAUUAUUUCAUGACAUAUAAACAACACUUGGACCAAAAAAAAACAAACCCUGUGGCAUUGAGGAGACUUGCAGGCAUUAGAGGUAAAAUGGUUGGGAAAAAGACUGGAGCUGCUUCUCAAUGAGUGUUGACACACGGUCACGGUGCACCAAGCGGGUCUGCGGGAGGAGUGCACGUUAUCUGGGGUCUCUGAGGAGUCGCACACUUGAACAGGUCAAAAAAAUACUGUGUCCUAGCCAGCCUUCCAGAAAUCUCACUUGCAGUGUUCUAAGACUAAAUUUUUUAAUUAUUUAAAAAUAAAACAAAAAUUCCACAGAAAUAGUGCAGAAAGAAAGCAAAUAGUUGCACAAAUUGUGUUUAGGGCUUAGUCUGCAGCUAUUACUUGCAAUAAUUAUUUGUUUGUAGCUUGACAUGUUGUUAUAGUACUGUCCAUCCAACUUCUGACUUUUUAUUUGAGAAGAGGCUGUUAUGCACCUGAGCACGCUUGCAAAAUGUUUGGACUUGUUUCUUUUCCCCAUUGCUGAAGCAUGUGCCUGUACUCUCAGUAAGCAAGUGGUAUUUCACAGUAAAUAUAUCUAGAUGCUGGUAAUAGAUGAGAGGAAGUAUUAAAACCUGGCCAGUUAGUCUAGACAGUCAUCUUCCUUCAUAGAUUGUAGUCUUUUAAGCUGCAGUUUGCACUCUGUUGUAGAGAGGCACAGUUCUUGGCUUGUACCUUGCUGUGUUUAAAGUGGGAAUUUCUCAUGGGAGAACUUUUAAACUAUAGUAAGUUUAACGUGAAUUGUAAAGCCAUUUACUUUGCACCUGUUUCUUCAUAACUUAUUUCCAAAGGUAGUUGUAUUUAAAUGAAGGCUUUGCUUCAUGACAACUCAUCUAGUUUUCUUUGUUGUAAAAGGUAAAACUAACUUUUGAGAUCACUUCAUUCCCCGAAGUUAGCAAUGAGUUAGUAAUGAGCACAAGACUUUGUCACUUCAGGAUAAAAAUGAGGAAAAAAGAAUUUGGCUGGGAGGUGGAAAGUCCUUAUGAGCAAUAAUAGCACAGGCAGCCUGGGAGAAUAGUUGUAUCAGGGUUGCUCCAAUAUGGAAGUCUCCCCCUUUAAAUACUUUGGUUUUUUAAUACUGGGUUACGAGUUUGAUAAUCUUUCUAUAGUCUGGUGGAUUUACUUCUUUAAUAUCCCUUGAAGCAGAUGCUGGUUCUUCAGCUCAGCCCAAGGGGAUCUCUUAUCCAUAUGUUGGGAUUGGUCCCAGAAAGGACAAAACACAAUGGGAACAGUCAGUGUUCCAAAGUCCUUACUCUCUACCAAAAAAAUCCCUUAUCCACCAACAAACCACCUUGCCUUAACCUUUAUUUUAAAAAGAAAAUAAAGUUGAAAGCUUUUGUUUGAAAUGCACAAAUACCUCUUCCCUUUCUAAAUCUACUUUCUUGGAAAGUUCCUUUAAACUUUCUAACCAAACCCAGCGUUGUGAUUUUAAAGCAAUUUCCUUCAACAUAGACUGGCUUCUUCAGGAGUUUUCUGCACUGCAGAAUUGUGUGAGAGAGGGUUUUUCCAGAGGGUGUGAAGGGAAGUGAAAGAUAUCAUUGGUUUCAAAGAAGGAAAAUAUUUUACUGUAUCUGCAGCUCCUUUAUGAGACAAUUUGCACUUUUAAAAACUGCUUUUUUAACACUAAUACUUUAACCCUUUCCAAAUAUGCAUGGAACAUGGUUUGUGCAGCACACUUACCUAGUGUGGAUGGAUUCUGCUCUGUUGAUCAGAUUUGCUGUUGUAUCAUGUUGAACUGUUGGUGAAAGAUGUGCAUUGAUCAGUGGAUCCCACCGUUCAAUAGUGGAUAAAACUUCCCUGAAGCAGGCUUAAUCCCUCCUAGAGCUUUUGAAAAGGUAACAAAGAUUCUCUUUGGGUGGGAAGACAGAGGUGUUGGUGACUUUGCUUGUUGACACUUCUGAUAUUUUCUAGAAUAAGUAGUUGAGAUGCAAAUAACUGAUGCUAACUCUUCUUAUACUGGCAAUCUAAGAAAAGAGCUAGUGAUCUUGGUUUACUUUGAAGUUGAACCAAAACCUGGUCCAAGGUAAGUGUCAUUAGAAGAUUAUAGAUAUAAACUAGCAAUGACAGGGGAAGGAGUGUUUGCUGUAUUUUUAUUUUUAAGGGUUAACUUUGCACCAGUGUGCCUUCCCUUCCUGUCGGGGGUGCUUGGGACCUCAAUUUCAAGUGACAUCCUUCAGUGUCACUAGUUUUCUCUCCCCCUUACAAACACUUGACAGAAGUAACAGGGUAGUAGGAUUCAGCUUUUCUUUCUUCCCUGUUUAGGUUGUGGUGAAAUCUGCUGUGUUUUGUGGUAGAUUUUGCACACAGGCUUUGUUCGGAAUAAGUCAAAAUACAAUCCAUCCAGUUGUGAUUUCUUAAUUGGAGGAAAAGAACAUCUGCUGUUUGCAUUGUUACUACCAAAAAGGCAAUCUAGCUAAAUGUCCAGGAAAAUGCAGAUGUGCUCUUUCCUUCACUGUUUCUGGAAGCUAAGGUGGAUAUUGCCCUGCUUGACCAGAGGGUUUGUUCAGGAAGGUAUCUGGAUUUGAUGACAGGGCCUUUUCAUGGUACUGUUGGAGUAAAAUUAAAAGUGUGAUUCAAGGAAAACUGGCUUAUAAUGCCCAUUGGUCUCCAUGUGUGAACAGGAUCCAAACAGCCCUGGCUUCUGGCCUUGGUCCCUGUCCACGUAACGCAGUCGGACCGUUGGGAAUACGGUGUCACUGUAACAAGGUUGGAACAGUUCAAUGGAAAUGAAAAUACGGUUUUGAUGUGCACAGGUGCAUGGGAAGGGCUGGGCUCUGCCCUCAUGCCCUGUAACAAGUCUGUAAAUGCACUUGGGCUUUCCAUUUGCUGCAGCUUCAGAGCAAUAAAAUGUGUCUCCCCUGAACUGAACCCAGCCGGCCGCCCAUGGCUUUAUUUAUAAACUGCGGUUUUGGUUGGGCAGGCAAGGUGAGAGUGUCACUGUGCAACAUCCACUGCCUUCCAAAAACCACCAUACGAUUGAAAAGGGUGCUCAAAAUUUUGUUAUACACAUUUCCUUUGUGUAAAUAAAUGUUUACAAUUUUAUAUUAAAGAUUUGAAUAAGAGUUAGAUCUUCUGACUGUAUAUUUUUUACUUUUUAUAGAUUUUAAAACUAUAAUUCUUUAUAUAUGUGUUUUGGGGGGUAUUAUGGUAAGUUUUAUGCUUGUAAAUGGAGAACAGUUGAAUUUGAUGCUAACCUUUAUGAAUUUUUUGUCAUUGAAAUGUAUAAAGAGUCCAUUAAUCCCCUUAUUCUUUUACUACAAUUACUGGUGCACACCAAAAAGAAAUCCUUCACUUCUGUUUUAUCAUUAUAAAAUAAAUAUUUUGCUAGUGUAUUAAACAUA